AGGAGUGGAUGGAUGUUCAGCUCAGUGGCUUUUAUUGUGUGUGUUUGCAGCUGAAGCAGUGUCGUGCGCUGAUGACAUCAGCGGGGUUUUCCGGGUGUGAGGGGUUGUCAGAUGCAGCUCGAGGUCUGAGCAAAAGUUGCGAUAGGAGACAUCAGCAUGCUCGCGUUCAGCCGAGGAGAUGAGAGGAGCCGGUGAGCGGGUCAUGAAGGGGGUGAGAGAGUUGGGUUAUCUCGGCUCCUGUUUAUAGCGCCGUUGCCAUGACCAGAGCGGACUAAACGAGUCGAGAGAAGCGGGGAAAAAUGUCAACAACGCGGCCCCUCCCAGGCAUGAAGCGAAACACCGAGGUAAACUACUCCGUGCCGCCGGGGAGCAGCCACUCUCCGACCCCCAGCAGACACUCAGCGGAGCCCCUGACCGUGGACGAGUUCACAGUGCACGAGGACAGAGAGACUGAGUUAAAGUGCACGAAGCCUCGAGUCGAGAAAGUUUUCCAAGUAGCGUUUACAAUCAUCGGCCUGCUGGACCACACUGGAGCCCACGGGAGUAAAGAUUCCAGACAGAUCUGGCUUCAGCUGAAGGGGAAGAAAGAGGAUGUGGCGAAAGCCAAGGAAUUUGUGAAAGGACUGUGUGACCCAGAGCUCAAAAAGGAGGAGAGGUAUCCAGUUGAUAUGCACUGCAUCUUUGCGGGAGCUCGUGGCCUCUUUCUGGACCGGUUGCUACGAGACACCAGCGCAGAGGUCCAUGUACUGGAGCCAGGGCGGCUGAGGCUUCUCGGGCGUGCCGAAGCCGUGGUGAUGGCGCAGAGCCGCGUUCAGCAGUUCGUCACUCUUUUUCAAGAGAAACGCAGCUUGCCCGCUGACCGAGAGCCCUUGGUCAAGCGCACUUUUAAGACUUUUGUAGAAGAGCGGGCAGAUAAGUACACUAUGGAAUUGCUACUUCUGCCCAGCCCCCUAAAGGAGGAGCUCCUGGGCUUGGUGCAGAGGCCCACUCAGACUGAUGCUAUUAUAGACCUGGAUCAGGACCGCUCUCAGACCAGCACUCCUGUCACAGAACUCUCUAAUCGUAUCCUUGGAGCUACUUUCGAGGAUAGAACGGCCAGGCCCACACAAGACUUGGUGCUUAACGGACGGCCCACGCACAAAAGACGCUCAUCAGAAAGUGAGCAGAGGGACACCAAGAGACAAUACUCUCUGGAGAGGAGAGAUGAAGAGCAGGACAGGGAUAGGCAAUAUGAGGCCAGCCAGACACGGACCAAAACUCCUGCCAAAGGCACUCUACCACUGGAAUCCAUUGAGAUUUUGGACGAAGGUGAGGCUGUGAGCCCAGAGACAAAUCUGCGCUGCCUGGUGAACUUCUUUAGGAACAUGGGCUACCAGCAAGAGGUGGUGGAGCGGGUGGUGAGGGAGACGGGGCAAACGGAGGACACUUACCUGCUGUUGGAGCGCAUUGUUCAGGAGAGCCAGAGAAGCCCGGGCAUGCAAGGAGUACAGUACACCUCAGGCUACGCAACUGAUUCUUCUCCGUCUUUCAACACCAGCUCUAUCUCCACCUCAACAUCCACAUAUGCACAAGCUAAAGAGAAGGAGCGGUUGCAGGAGCGGGUGCAGGAGCGGGUGCAGGGCCGUGCUCUUACUGAGAUCAAGUCCAAAGACAAUAUCAGGGUGCUCAGCACUAACGGCUUCAACCAGAAGAGGCAGCAGGCCAUCAUAGUUUUGGACGACGAGGAGGAUGAAGACAUAGGCAGAAAGUCUAGAACCGUGGGGCCGCUAGAUCUCAAGUCUGACUCCAGGUUUGGUUACUUGGCGCGGGGUGGUUCUCAGACAGUGGGGCGCGUUCCUAUGGAGACCGUAACCAUGCUCCGCAGCUCAUCACAAGGCCCUCCUGGUACAGAGACACGACCAAGCUGCUCCUACCAGACUAUUGCUGGAAGGGUACUACUGCCUCACCCUGAGCCAACUGCACUUUCAAAACCCUUGCUUCUGACAGGGGUGUCUCGCUUUCAGCAGUCCUUACAGACACCAUAUAGGUUGGUCUUGCCGAAUGAACCUGGCCGCCCCGAACUCCGACACAUCAUCAUAGAUGGCAGCAACGUGGCUAUGGCACAUGGACUACAUCGAAUGUUUUCCUGUCGUGGGAUCGCCAUCGCAGUGGAGGCGUUUUGGCAGAGGGGGCAUCGAGAGAUUACAGUUUUUGUACCCCAGUGGAGGCAAAAGAAAGACCCAACAGUAACUGAGCCACACUUUCUUAAUCAGCUUGAGGAUUUGCGAUUACUCUCCUUCACUCCUUCCAGAGAAGUGUGUGGAAAAAGGAUCUCCUCACAUGAUGACAGGUUCCUACUUCAUUUAGCAGAGAAGACAGGAGGCGUUAUUGUCACCAAUGACAACAUGAGGGAUUUUGUCAAACAGUCUGAUGCCUGGAGGCAGAUCAUCCAGGAGAGAUUGCUUCAGUUCACCUUUGUUGGAGAUCACUUCAUGAUCCCAGAUGAUCCUUUGGGAAGGUUUGGCCCUUCGUUAGAGCACUUCCUGCACAAGGAUAGCCAACUAAGUCCUAUGGCAGACCUACAAGUCAUUCCCAUGACUUAUUCCCAGACACUUCCAUCAGCAACACACGGCCCUUUCCCCUCGCAGCCCAGACAGCCUUCCCAUUGGCCGCAUUCUGGCCCACCCGACUGGCACCCACCCCGACCGUCCUCCUCUCCUCCCCCUUCUCAGCGGUCACCCUUAGAAACCACAGAGCUCAAGAGGAAGUUAUAUGACAUCUUCCCCGACCACAAGCAGCGCAUCGACUCCAUCCUCAAUGAUAACCCGUACAUGAGAGACCUGAACGCACUGUCAGGCCUCCUGCUGGGCUGAGCACUACACUUCGCUCUGAAAUGAACAUUUUUAAAAUUAAAGCUUUUGGAUGUUAUAAAAUCUACAGUCCAAGUGGCGAAUAUUCAGUGUACAUAUUUAUAAGAAGAAACAUUACUCAUAAUUUAUGUUGUAAACAAACACAAAAGACGAAAUCUUUGUUCUAAAAGGUGUUUUAGCCACACAGCUGCUUUUUUGUUUUAAACUGGCUUUGCUACAGUAACUGGUGAAGGACUCUCAACUUAACGUUCUUUUUUUCUGUCUUUAUUUAAUUUCCUGUUUUUGGUAUGUUUGCCAGUUCAUGGACAACAUAUUGAUCUGUUUUGAGUAGCCUCAUUGAUUCUUGUUUUCUUGUAGUGUACAGUAGGCUGUAAAAUAGAGUAUAUUGAUUAAAGUGCCCCCACUGAAGUGCCCUGAGAAUCUGGAGAGUACGGACCUGCUCACUUGAUCUCCCACUCUUUUACAAUGUAUAGUUCUUCAGGGGUAAUGAAGGAGUAAGCGUUUGUCUGGACAACCCACCCAAAUGAUGCAGUUUUAUCUUCUUCUUUUUUUUAUAUAAUGGAGUACAUUCUGAACGCUUUAAAAGUUUCUCAGUACUUAGUAUCAUUACACAAUUUUUUCUUGGUACUCCCUCUUCCUUCUCUGGAUUGUGCAAUGCUUCCAUGUUAUGUUGAGUGAUUUCAAAUGUGAAACUGCUGUGCUGACCUAAAUUUCUUUAUCAGUGAUUAAGUUCACCAGCAGGGGGCAGUGUGAGUGUAAAACAUCUUGACCAGCGUUCGCCACAAUGUCUGUACUGAUAUCUGAACAGCACCUAGCAUGUACAGUUGCCACUACAAUGGAUUUAUUGCACAACCUGUCACAGUGUCUGUGUUCCCUUCCUGUUGAUAUUUUUGCUGUCUUGAUUAUGUGCAGCAGUGCUCUUAAGUUGAGGAUAUCUAUGAUUUGGGAUUUACAGGAUUUGUCUAGAACAGGGAAAUGAAAAGACCUCAAACAGUAAGCAGCAGAUUAUCCAGGUGAGCUGUGGGUAUCUCACAGCAAGGCUGUGCUGGUUUUCUUUUCUGAAUGGCAGUGUUAAUAAAGGCCAUUUAUGUGUUUACUGUA